UCAGCUAAAAUUCAGGACCCAGUACGCUCCUACGGAAAGGGGAGGGGUUUAUGAAUGAUUGACAGGUCACCAGAGUGCCGUCUACAGUGGAGGAGAAAUUAAAACUAAAGCUUGUCGCCGAGAGUCUCUCUGACUAUUACUGAAAAAUUGAUUUGCUUCUGUUGAUUCUGCAUUACACAGCAGUUAGACAAUCAAAGGAUGUAGCUAUAUUUAACAGUAAUUUACGCCUUGAAGCCUUUCCACUCGAGCCGAUAAUGCUUAAAACGAAGCUGCCCAUGAGAACCGCCGAGGCAGGAGAUGAUACGGCCGAGGAACAGCCGGAUCUCCAUAUUCCCAGAUCGGUCUCUCCCACGAUCUCGGACAGGCUCGAAGAUUCAUCCAGACACCCAGGAUAUCCAUCCCAAUUGGACAAAGAGACCGUUUUCGAGUGGUUUGGUUUGCAUCUAAAUCCUGCCAAGCGGAUCGAGUUCAUGUGCGGACUGCUGCAUAUGUGCCAGCCGCUCGAACUCCGGUUUUUGGGCUCCUGUCUGGAAGACUUGGCACGGAAAGAUUACCAAAUUCUACGGGAUGUCGAGAUCAGGGCGAACUGUCCGAAUGAUUUGGGCAUUUUAUCUGAUGUUAUCGACCCGGUCGUGCGCUCCAGACUGCUGGUCUGCUUGUCCCUUCUGCGAUCUGACAGCAGGGAGUGUGCGGGAAUACUAUUUCGGAUAUUGAGCCAUAUGGAUCCCGCCUUGUUCUACAAAAACUAUCCCGGUUACUCUGUUUCUCCCUGCAGGGACCCGCUCCAUCCUUCAUGUGUGGACGGGAAAGCGUUCAGGAGAACAGAACAUAUUUGCGGGCGUCCAAUGGAGGCAGCGGUCGGACCCUUGGAGCAGUUGGCGCUGCUUUUUACUAUGGCCUCAUUGCACCCAGCGUUCCCUUUUCAUCAAAGAGAAACCCUUCUAGUGCAGCUGGACAAAAUCGAACUUGCCACAGAGGAUAGACAGCAGAAUCAGUACAGAAUAAACGCCCAGGCCCAGAAAGCAGAGUACCUGGGCCCAGCUGCCGUCACCACUGAAGCCAGUCUGGAUGAGAGGACACAGGGGCAGAGACAAUGUGCCAGCCAGACACCCCCCAGCUGCACGACCCAGCAAGGAAGCAGAACCCAGAGGGAAGCUGUACAUAUAGAGAAGAUUGUACUGAAGGGGAUGUCACAGAGCAGGACAGACAGGGAAUACAAUUUUGAGGUGAAGUGGUCUGACUCCUCAUCCAGCAAUGUCAGGAAAACACAGCUUGAACUGGAGGGCUUCUUGUUGAAGCUUCCCAAGGAGCAGUCCACCGAGUCGUUUGAGAAGGGCAUCCUCCGGCUGCUCAACCAGGGAGACAAGUACGAYAGCAAGGGGGUGGAGAGGAACCUCAAGGAGAAGUUUCUGUCGGCUCCACGAGCUUUCCGACAGACAAGGAAGGUCUGUGGCUUCUUCCUGUGUGAGUCCUCCUCUUCCUCCUCCUGCAGCUGCAGCAGAUGUAACCCUGCAGCCCUCGGGAAGCCCUUCAAGGAGGACGGUUCUGAGGCAUCCAGCCAAGAGGAAAGUUGUGUGUAA